AUGCGACCAGGGUCCAGCCGAUAUUCCCUCACGCUUGCACUUUCCAUGGACGCCAUUCUGACUCCACCGGCCCACUUGGUUUCUUGGCUGAAAACUUCCUCUGGCCACCAGUGGCUACUCACGAGUACACGACAGGCUGGAAAUGCCAGGCAAUUAAGGUUCUUCGGGAGCAGCCCCAAACCAUUGACUGUCUGGGAGACAGUGGAUAAAGACCCCAGCUCCUCUGCCUCUGGUGUGGAGUCACCUGAGAUAUGUGCUCUAACGUACUCUCCACAGUCCCCAGCAGGGAGGUCCAGCCAGUGGCAGUGUCAAGGAGACAUAGGCUGGGCGAACACGGCGCUGCGAGUGGCGCGGAGCGUGCGGGCCGCGGUCUGCAGCCUGCGCGCCAUCUCUGCGCCCAACGCGCACUGCCCGCCGCGGCCCUGGGGACUGCGGGCGGGCGCCGUCCGGGCGCUGCGCAUCGGCCCCGUUCUGCCGUCGGGUCGUAAAUUCACAGACAAACAUGAAUGGGUAACAACAGAAAACGGUGUUGGAACAGUGGGAAUCAGCAAUUUUGCACAGGAAGCUUUGGGAGAUGUUGUUUACUGUAGUCUGCCUGUAGCUGGGACAAAAUUGAACAACGAGGAAUUUGGUGCUUUGGAAAGUGUGAAAGCUGCUAGUGAACUCUAUUCUCCUCUGUCAGGAGAAGUAACUGAAAUUAAUGAAGCUCUAGCAGAAAAUCCAGGACUUGUCAACAAAUCUUGUUAUGAAGAUGGUUGGCUGAUCAAGAUGAAACUCAGUAACGCUUCAGAACUAGAUGAACUAAUGAGUGAAGAAGCAUAUGAGAAAUACAUAAAAUCUAUUGAGGAGUGAAAAUGGAACCCCUAA